AAAAACGUAUGUCUGCGAUUUUACACAAACAAAUGUCUGCUCCAAGAGAUGCCGAUAUAAAGAACGAUAUGAAAUCACUCAAAAGAAAACUUGAUAGACACCUGGUAUUAGUCGUUAAUCAACAAUUGGGAGAUAAAAAGCACUACUUGUUACCUCAAGGCACACUUCAAGAUGGAGAAACUCUUAGACAGGCUGCAGAACGAGUUUUAAAGCAAUGUUGUGGUUCUGAUUUAAGUGCCCAAAUAUAUGGAAAUGCUCCUUGCGGUUUCUACAAAUAUAAAUAUCCAAAAAGUACUUCCGAAAUAACAGGUCUUACUGGAGCGAAGGUAUUUAUUUAUUUCGCCAGGUAUCUCAAUGGACAAAUAACAGACAGAAAAGUGGACUUCAAAUGGCUAGAUAGAAUUGAAUUGAAAACACAUUUGCCAGUUCCAUAUAACUCAAGUGUUACGCAGCUUUUGAUAGAUGAAUAAAUGUUUUAUUUAUAAUUAUGUACAUGUGUAUAUAUUAAUAAUGCUUUUCAACUUUGCACGUUUUAUUCGCUGGAAAACUCACAGGACUGCGUUCGGGAAUUGAUACAGAGUGUAGUGAAGAGGUGUUUUACAACCUCGUGGGCCGUGACCGUUACAUUAUGUGGAUGCGCAGAAGACAUAUUUGA